CACAAGAAAUCAUCAUGCUAUGCAGCUUCACCAUCCAACAAUCCAUCCACUAUAUCUCAUAUAUGUUUAAAGGAGGAAGACAAUAAGACAGAUGAUCAGAAGGUUGUGGCUGCACUAGUUAACAGUAAAUCAAGUGUUCCUGAAAAAGAUGUAUUAAUCAGCCAGUCUCAAGAUCUUUCUUCAAAUAUACUGGCUACUUCAAGAAGUGUUACAAGUCCAAAAAGUGAAACAUCCCAGAAAAGCAAAGAUAUUAAUUGUUUACACAGUAAAAAAGAACAGAAUGAUGACCCUUUUGGAUUUGAUCAGAUUGGAGAUGAUUCUUCUCCAAAUUCCAAACAAAGUACUGGCACUAAUUCCAAACAAAGUACUGGCACUAAUUCCAAACCAACUACUGGCACUAAUUCCAAACAAACUACUGUCACUAAAUCCAAACCAACUAUUGGAACUAUAUCCAAACCAACUACUGGCACUAAUUCCAAACCAACUACUGACACUAAUUCCAAACCAACUACUAGCACUAAUUCCAAACCAACUACUGGAAUGGAUUUAAGCUCUGAUUUGUCGCAAAAUAUGAAAGAUGACAUUGUUAAUCAGAUUGUGCCAAUGAAAACAGAUAUUGGUGUGGAUUCUCCUAAUCAAAGUUUAGAAAAAGAUGAUGUAACCUUGGAACAAAAGCAAAAUGAAAACCUGGUCUCUUCAAUACUUGAACCAGUGCAAACAAAUAGCAUCAUAACUUCCAGUGCUGUUGUCCAGGACUCAUUUACCAAAGAUAACAAGAAUUUGCAACCUCAAGCAAUAACACCAUGCCCCAUAAAUAAAAACACUUUUAAGGAAAAAACAAAAUCGAAACUCUCUACAAAGAAUCAAAAACAAUUAUCCUCAGUUGUAUCACCCUGCAUGACAAGCACUUCAAACUCUGAUAACAAGAAAACAAAUGCUACAUGUACAUUGAAUACUCUUCAAAGCAUAGAAUCAAUAGAAGAAGAUAAGAAACCAGCCACUCAACAAGCUAACUUUAUUAUCAACAAAACUGAGAAUGAUGUAACAUCAAAUCGUGCCUCAGUCAUCAAGUAUAUAGAUAGAAAGUGUGGCUCUAAAGUGAAAACAAGUUUUGACUCACUAGGUGAUUCUAAAGACAAAAGUGUCACUAGUCCUACAGGUAGUCUUCCAUUUUCAGUCAGCCAGUUGCUAGAAUUUCACAAAACAUCGGCUCAAGCAGCUGUUAAGGUAUUUGAAGAACAAAACAAUUCUGCAUUGGAUGUCCAUGGUAAUCCUCAGCUGUCACAAGAGAAAGCCAAAGGAAUGAAAAGGAAAAGGAAAAAACGAGACAAGGUUUUUCCAGAAUGUGAAGGAAAAACUCCAGAAAAAAGUUCUAGUCAGAGAACUUUACAGCUACCUGGUGCUCAAAAACUUUUUUCUGGACCACAUCAAGACAACUCUCCUGAUAGCAAAACAACCAUCAGUUCAAGCCAGGAUUUGGUGAGCAGAUUCUUGGGACAUGAAGGCAAGAGCAAAUUUUUCCCAGAGUUAAAUAUUGUAGYAACUAGCCAGUCCUUAUCACAGGAAGCAUUGCAAAGUAAAAAUGCUAUUAACAUUCCAAAAAUUGAAAAGACAACUUSUGAACAGAAUAAAAGUAGAGCUGUAGAAGAACAGAAAUGUCAUGACUGGAGAAUGACUAGAGAAAACAGAAGUCUUACUUUGAACUCUGAAAAACCAUCCCAGAAAGAAGUUUCAAAGUCAAGUGUACCUGUCAACUUUGUAGCAGAUCAAACAGUUAGGAGCUUAACAACUGUCAAUCGUGCUCAGGAACCUGUGGCCCUCUCAAGUUUAAUUGGAACUGAGCAAAACGUUGAACAAAUCAGAAGAGAAGACUCUGAAGAUGACAUGAGCAAAGCCCUAUCAGAACAAAGAAGGCAAAGAAAGAAAAGUAGAAAAGUGUUAGAAAAUGAAAGYAUGGACGAAAGCAAUGAAAAAAGAAAACCAAAGUCAAAUAGUGAGCCAAGGAAACGUAAAAAGGSCAAAUUAGUAGACAAAGAUAAUAGCAAGAACAUGGAUGGAAGUGAUAAUGGGGAAACAAAACCUGAUGUGGUCAAGGUUACAAAGAAAAGAGUUAGAAAGAAAGAUAAAGAAGAGUCUCUAGAUAAGGAAAGUAGUCUUCUAGUUGACCCAAAAGAUAAGGUUCAAAGAGAAAUCUUUUCAUCUGAGCAAACAUCUCAAGAAGCRGACUGCAAAAGUAUAAAAGGGGAACUUCAGGCAGAUUCAGAAGUCAAGGUUGUGAGUGAGAAAGUGAAGCCAGAAGAUGAACAAAAAGAAAACAAUGAAAAGACACAUUGCAAUCAAGAAAGCAAGAUUGACUUACAGAGUCAAGAAAAUGARUCUUUCAAACCAGUGCUUCAAAGAUCAUGGAGUGAAGACACCAUUGAGCUGAAUUUAGARUGUGGAGAGAGAAUGAAUGAUGUUACCAAUGAGAAUGACAGUGUAGAUUUAUCUGCAACAAAGUAUAGUUUGCCUGAAGAUACAAACAAUGCUGUUCCUGAUGAGAAAGGCAAGAGCAUUGUAUUUCAUGGAGUUUCAACAAUAAAAGAUGAGUGCAUAACUGAGGAAAAACCCCUGAAAGAAAUUAUUGAUAAGCUUGCAGCCAAAAAGAAGAUUGGUAAUAAAAAGCCACACAAGAGAAAGAGAACCCAGGAGAAUUCUGAAGGUCAAGAAAUAAAGAAGAGAAAGGUGAAAGAGCCAGCAGAGGAAUUUUUUAUACAGAGUGACAACUGUGCUAUGUUUCCUAAGUUACCAAGAUGUAGAGACUGCAGAGACAGAGAAGAUGACACUGGGUUAUCACCAACUCAAAAUUGCUGUAGAUUUGCCUUGUUUAGAAGACUAAAGAAAAAGAGGAGAUCUGGUAAAAUUCAUGUUGCUGGAUUCAUGAUGCCCGAAAAUGCAGAGCAAGAAGAUUUAACUCCUUGGAUUGCUUCUGAUGAUGUGUCCAGUAUGCUUAGCAAGGAUGGGGCUCAUUAUAUUCUAAGCAACAUUGCUGAUGAAUUUUGCUCAUUGGUCCAAGAGGAGAAAGGAGCUAAGAAUUCCAGAGGAGACGGAGCUGUCAUAUCAUACAAAAGAGCUGUCGGUGGAUUCCGUGAAAUGUGUGAUGCCUGUGCCACCACCAUAUUUAACAUACAUUGGGUGUGCCACAGAUGUGGAUUUGGAGUUUGUCUGGAUUGUUACAACUUGAGAGUCCAAGAAAAGAUAAACACACCACAAUUUGGUAGAAAGAUGUUUCAGUUUAAAUGGUUCCAUUGUAUUCCUGGUUUAUCACAUCAGCCAAAGAACCUCACAAUAGCACAGAUCAUACCAAAAGAAGUUCUCAAUGAUCUGUCUGAUAAACUCCACCAAAUUCGCUCAAGAUGGAAUAUAGGAAAAGAUUGUCCUUGUCAGUAUAAACAGCUAAACAGAGGAGAAGACCCUGAAGAAAGCAAACCAGAGUUGGCUGAUGGUUUGAAUCAUGUAUGUAAAAUGCUUCCCACAAGUCCCAAAGCUGAACUAAAAUCAGAUCCUGAAAAUCAAGAAACCAAAAAAACACUGAUGGAAAAAGUUAGAGAACGAAUUAAAGAAAGAAUGGGGGCCAACAAAAUUGAAGAAAAUGGUACAAAUCCAUCAUCUAAUUUCGAUGAAACCAAACAUGAAAAAGAACAUAAAAAACCUAGUGAUGAAAGUGAACAAAUAACACACGGUAGCGGUAAAGUAUCUCAAACCACUUUAGAUGAGAACAAGAUUACAGAUGAACAGAAAUGCACUGGUGCUUCUCAAACUGUUACACUAAUUGGUGCUUGUUCAGAAAGUCCAAAGGGGAUUUUGCCCACUGGAGAUAAAGAUUUAAUCAAAGAAGAAAAGAGAAGCAGAGAAGAACUGGUAAACAACACACUAGAAGGUCUAAGUGGUUUUUCAAGUGGACUCACAUUGCUUCAAAAUUAUGAUUCUUCAUCAGAAGACUCACCAGAAAACAGUCCUCAGACAUGUCUUGAGCAACCAGGGCCAACAAACAGUGCUUUUGAUUUCAAUUUAGGAUUGCUUGCUUUAGUUGCCAGCAAAAGAACUGAAGACCACCGCUUUGGGCAGCAGUUGGAUAACAAAGAAGAUGUUCUUCCUGCUGUGGAUAAAGGAGUAGAAGAACAAAAGCUAAUGAAUUGGUUCAAGAAAGAAACAUCUGAACAAAUUAGUAUCAAAACAGAAAAUGAUGUCUCUUCUAAUAAUGCUGUGACAGCCACCAAAGGUGAAGCAAGCUGCUCCAGUAUAACCUCAGAUAACAUGGGUACUAGGGACCAUACACAGCCAUCACUUUCAGUGGAAGAAUAUCCAGCUCCACAUUCCUUCAUGUGUAACAGACGGUUGUUAAGACUACACGAACCWCAUCAUCCUGGAAACCAAGAUGCUUUUGCUAAGAGAUGGAUAGAAGGAAAGCCAAUUCUUGUCAGCAAUAUUGACAAAUUACUGGAUAGAGACCUAUGGUCACCAGAAUCCUUUGAAAAAGAAUUUGGGGAAGAGAUAGCAGAUGUAGUUAAUUGUCGUACUGGAAAGACAGUAGAAAACUUCCGUGUUGGUGACUUUUGGAAAGGAUUUGAAUGUGUGAAAGAACGAGCAUUAGACAGUAGUGGAGAACCAAUGCUUCUUAAACUUAAGGAUUGGCCUCCAGGAGAUGAUUUCUGUGAAAAGCUGCCAUCUCGGUUCCAAAACCUGAUGGACAACAUUCCUUUGCCAGCUUACACACGAAGAGAUGGACUAAGAAACCUUGCUUCAAGGCUCCCAAGCUUCUUUGUUAAACCUGACCUGGGUCCUAAGAUGUACAAUGCUUAUGGAUCAGCAGCACAUCCUAAUGAAGGGACCACAAAUUUACAUAUAGAUAUGUCUGAUGCUGUAAAUAUUAUGGUUUAUGUUGGUGUUCCAAGAGAUGAAGGUGCAGGAGAAAAAGAAAGAGCAGCUGCUAUCAAAGCUGUUGACAUUGCUUGUGAUGAGAUACAGCAACAGAGGGUUAGAAGAGAAACAGCACGAAUUGGUGCUUUGUGGCACAUUUUUGAAGUGGAUGAUGCUGACAAAAUAAGAGAAUUUCUAUUGGAGGUGGGAAAAGAGCGCAAAUUGAAGUACUCUACUCACCAUGACCCCAUACAUGACCAGUGUUUCUAUUUGGAUGAAGAAUUGCUUGAAAGAUUAAAAAGRGAUCAUAAUGUAGAGGGGUAUGCUAUUUGCCAGUGUUUAGGGGAUGGUGUAUUCAUACCUGCAGGAGCACCUCACCAGGUCCGUAAUCUUUACAGCUGUGUGAAAAUAGCUGAAGACUUUGUUUCUCCAGAGCGCAUUGGACAAUGUUUUAAAACUACUCAAGAGUUCAGACAUUUAUCAGAUAAACAUACAAAUCAUGAAGACAAACUACAGAUYAAGAAUAUUAUAUACCAUGCUGUAAAGGAUGCUGUUUCUGUUCUAGAGCAUCAUGAAAAACUUUUACAGGAACAGAACAAUACUAUAAUAGAUUCAUGAUUAAGAUUUUCCGAAAAUUCAUAGUUAGUAACUGUAAUCUCUGUAUUGAUCAAAUCAAAGCUUUUUACAUUCUCAAAAAUAAUGUACUUCUAACUUUUUGAAACUGCCAUCAUUUGAUAGAAUACUAAUGAGUAGAUAAUUCUGGAAUUCUUUGAAUUUUUAAGUUCUGCCAUGAAACAUUUGAGUAUUUUAUGUCUCUUUAUACAUGUAUCAAACUAAAUAUAGAGAUACCAAUAGUACAUAGAUUUGUGCUAUUUAUUAGUAAAUGCUUAAUAUUAUUACAUCAUAUAAUGAUAAUGGGGAUAUUGAUGUACAUGUAUUAUAUCAAUAUUUGCACGUAAUUCCCUAGUGCCCAUUGGAACAUGCUAAAAACAAAAUGUAGGUCCGUAGAGUUUUAGUUCCUAUAUUAUAAUGGAAAUAUGUACAUGAUGGAUUUAUUUAUUUUUUUAAAAAAGUAUAGCGCAGGCAUUAAACAUUUAACUUGGAUGUUGCUAAUUAUGUGUGUGUUUUCUGAUGAUUCUUACACCUUGAUUUUUAUUUACUAGAUUUUCUUUCACAGGAUUAAUAAACUCAAUUUCCUUGGUUGAUUUACUAAUAAUAGAAGUCUACUCUUUAUAAGAACUCUCUGUGAGACAAUGUUGUAUUAGUUUGCACAAUUCUGUUAGCAAACUAAUUAAUUUUUAUUUUGUCUGAUGAUAUAAUUGCACUCUAUAGUAAAUGAACUCUAGUCAUAUUAUCACAUGUAGGCUUAUAUUUGUUUGAUCUACUUAUUGCAGUCAAAGCAUUUGUUACUGAAGGGUUUAGCUCAUUUUCUUUUACACGAAAUAGGGUGAGACCAAAACCAUUAUAAUAUCAAUUUCCACCAAUAAAAAUAUAUAGGGUAAAACACAUGCUGUGAUUGGCUGAUGACUGUUGAUUGUUGUUCAGACUACCCUGCAUAGCGUCCCUAAAGGGAUUGUGGAGGGCCGAGAUUUCUCCGCUCAGCCCUCCCCCUGCUCAGGCUAGUUCAGGCAGGACAAAAAAGAAAAACAAAGCAAACAUAUAAUAAAUUGAGUGUUCAUUAAUCUUGUUAUCAGACAGUGUAAAUACUGGGCAGUCAAAUUAGAAGAGUUCUCUUUUGGAAAGAUAAAAGAGGAAACUAGGGUCUUGGGUUAUAACACAUAUUUACAUAUUUUGUAUUCAUUAUUAAAUACUUUUGUAAUAGAAAAAGAAACUGAAGGUUUUACUGCAUGUCACUUAUAGAAAUAACAUUAGCACUCUUCUCAAUCUGGGCAUUAAGAUUUGUCACAAACUUCCAUGURUGUAGCUGGCAAUAGGAUGUGGCUGCUAUAUAUUACAUGUAUGUUUUCAAUGAAUAUAUUUAGGUAUGUAUUGCAAUGUAUUGACUGAUUUCAAGAUUUUUUUGAAAAUAAUAAACUAUUUUUGUACUAUUA